AUGGUAGCGGCGUCUUCGCAGAGGGUCACGGUGCGCGGAGAUGCGCCCUCGCGGCGCCCAGCCCCCGCGCUUGGCCCGGCCGUGCGCGCGGGGGCAAGCGGGCAGCGCCGGUCACCGGCUGGCGGAGGCCUCCGCGAACUCGGUUUCCAGCCGGGGACGGAGCGGAGGCUGGGGGCCGGGGCUUUGGCUGAGCGGCCCCCGUCGGAGCGGCCUUGCUGUGACCCCGGAGAGAGCGGACCCCAGACCGGCGAGGAGCCCCGCUGGGGCUGGAGAGAAUUCAAGGGAUCUGCUCCAUCCAUCCGCUGGACCCUCCAUCCAUCCGCUGAGGGAGACACAAGGAGAGCGCCCAGCGCACGCUGCCGAGCCAGUGGGGGGGUUCGGGACCCCCUGGGCACCUCCGGGGGCGGGGCGGGGCUGCACCUGCUGACACUCGAUCCCUCCGCAGGUGAGUGUCCCAGCCCCGGGCGCGGCGGCGCCGCCAAGCGGAAGAAGAAGCAGCGGCGGAACCGGACCACGUUCAACAGCAGCCAGCUACAGGCGCUGGAGCGCGUGUUCGAGCGCACGCACUACCCCGACGCCUUUGUGCGCGAGGAGCUGGCGCGGCGCGUCAACCUCAGCGAGGCGCGUGUGCAGGUCUGGUUUCAGAACCGCCGGGCCAAGUUCCGCCGAAACGAGAGGGCCAUGCUGGCCAACCGCUCCGCCUCGCUGCUCAAGUCCUACAGCCAGGAGGCCGCCAUCGAGCAGCCCGUGGUUCCCCGGCCCGCCACCCUGAGCCCCGAUUAUCUUUCCUGGACGGCCUCGUCCCCCUACAGCACGGUGCCGCCCUACAGCCCUGGAGGCUCCGGCCCUGCGACCCCGGGAGUCAACAUGGCCAACAGCAUCGCCAGCCUCCGUCUCAAGGCCAAGGAGUUCAGCCUGCACCACAGCCAGGUGCCCACGGUGAACUGAUGGUCGGCCUGCCAGGACCCAGCUGCCCGCCUGGUCUCACAACGCCAGAGAGGGCAGACAUGCAGGAGAGUGCCCUCCUCACGUCCCCUGUCUCCAGGACAGGGAUCUCCUGGGCCCUCUCUCCAGUCUGGACUCCCGGUCCCAAGAGGCUGCUGAGAUCCCGGGAGCCUGGCUCAGGCCCCCGUCUACAGCCGUGGGAGACUUUGGCCCAUGACCUUUGGGGGGGGCGGUUGGGCCAGAGGUGGAGCAGGAACCCCACAAGGACUGCAUUUAUUUUGUGUAUUAAAACCAAAAAGCUUUUGUCUUUAAGAAAUAAAAAAAAAAAUUUUUUUU